CUCGUGACUACCGCCAGCAGUUGUUAAAUAAUUAUCGUUAUCUGAGGCGUUUUGAUCAGAUGAUCGGAGGGAUUUAACCAGCAGCAGAAACAGCUGGCGGCAGAGCUUGCUGACACACACAGAGGAGCUGACAGCGACCAACGGCUAUGACACAUCGGGAGCCAUGGCGGGCUGGCACCGGUUAACAGCCUUCUGCAUCGGCUUCUUCUUGGUUCUGGAGCUGAGCUACGGAAGACCAGCGAAGACAUGCCUUCAAGACAAGUCCUGUCAGAGCCAGAGACCCCCCGUCGUUCUCAUUCCCGGGGAUCUGGGGAACCAGCUGGAGGCGAAGCUGGACAAACCCAGCGUGGUCCACUACAUCUGCUACAAGAAGACAGAAAACUUCUUCACUCUGUGGCUCAACCUGGAGCUGCUGGUCCCCUACGCCAUCGACUGCUGGAUAGAUAACAUCAGACUGAUCUACAACAGCAGCACACACACCAGCGAUGCCCCUCCAGGCGUGGAUGUUCGAGUCCCAGGGUUUGGAAAGACGUAUUCCCUGGAAUACCUGGACCCCAGCAAGCGCAGUGUGGGCAUGUAUUUCUUCAGUAUUGUGCAGGCGAUGGUGGAGUGGGGCUACACCAGAGACGACGAUGUCAGAGGGGCUCCGUAUGACUGGAGGAAAGCUCCGAAUGAGAACAAAGAGUAUUUCAAGGCUCUGCAGCUGAUGAUUGAGGAGAUGGCAGAGAAGGCUGGAGGACCCGUGGUGCUCAUCGCUCACAGCAUGGGGAACAUGUACACACUUUACUUCCUCAACCAGCAGCCGCAGGCCUGGAAGGACAAAUACAUAAAGGCUUUUGUAUGCCUCGGACCGCCGUGGGCUGGCGUGGCCAAAACCCUGCGUGUGGUUACAUCCGGUGACAAUAACCGCAUCCCGGUCAUCAGCCCGCUUAAGAUCCGCUCACAGCAACGGACUGCCGUCACAACCAACUGGCUCCUCCCCUAUGCCCACUCUUGGCCCAAAGAUCAGGUUUUUAUCCAAACGCCCACCACCAACUACACUGUGGCGGACUAUGAGAAAUUCUACUCGGACAUCGGGUUCAGAGAAGGCUGGCUGAUGCGAAAGGACACCGAGCCUCUGGUGGCGGACCUGACCGCCCCCGGCGUAGCCGUCCACUGCCUGUACGGCAACGGGAUCCCCACGCCCGAGGCCUUCCAGUACUCGGACAAGUUCCCAGACGUGGAGCCCGACGUGGUUUACGGCGACGGGGACGGGACGGUGAACCUACGGAGCGCCGUGCAGUGCAAACGCUGGGCAGGGCAGCAGAAGCAGCCUGUGGCCCUCAAAGAGCUGCCGGGGAACGAACACGUCAACAUGCUGACAAACAUCACCACCGUGGAGUACAUCAAGACUGUGCUGUUCUCCCCUUAAAGCUGCCAAACGCUUGAUAUUCAUGCCAACAAAGUGUCCCAUCUCAAAGUGUUCAGAUUUUACUUGACCCUGAAUCUUGUUUUUUGUAUGAACCAAUACUUGUAACUCUCAUAUUUAUGUUGUUAAAGACUCAAUGCUUUUCUAUUGGUCUCAAAUUUUGAUGGAGCCUAGAUUUCAUUCUCCAACUUUUAAUAGAAUUUGUGUCAAAAAAGAAACAGAAAUGGUUUAUUAAUGCUGUGUGAGUCUUCUGACUUCCUUCCACUGUAACAGAAAUUUUAAAACGCAUUUAAUCACAAUGUCUGUUAUUGUUAUAAAUGAUUUUCCAGAUCUGUGUCUCAUUUUCAUUUAACUCAUGUGUUGGUUUUGUUAUCUUUUGCACACAGCCAAGCUGUUGUUGGUUUAUGAAUGUGGUUAAUGUUACAAGAGUUAUAGACCACAACCACAUCAAGGUUUAUGCUUAUAGUCAAAUAGAAACAGGUUUUAUGAUCCCAAUUUUAGAGGGUAAAAGAUAAGAGGCUGUUAUGCAAGGAAGAGGUUCCUUUUCCUGUUUGCAUGUUUUUGUUGGGAUUUGGGUUGAAUUGUGUGCCUUAAGGGGCUUUAAUUAGAGGAAACUUGUAAGGACAAGUCUGUUCCUGAAUCUGUGACAUGAACCUGAUCUUUUUUCUGGAUGUUUUAUACUUUUUUCUCUUAUUUGUUAAAUACUCAGACUUUUUAAACCCCAACUGCUGCUGUGCUGAUGUGGAGAGAACCUGUAGACCUUAGUGAUUGUACUGUGCCAUGAUGCCCUCACAGACCAAAACGAUAUGCUAUGAAGUUUUCACUUCUGCUUUGAGUUAUAAAUGUGCAUCAUAAACAAGCUGCCUUCUGCCCAGUAAAAGACUUCAAGUAAAACA